AUGGAAGCAAAGUCGGUUGUUUUGUUGUUAUCAACGGUCUGGAUUGCCUGUGUCGCUGUAAAUGAAUUCUACUCUUCAACAGAUCAUAUGAUUCAACUUAUAGAUAUCGAAAAAAGGUUUGCCACAUCCCUUCAUGAAUAUAUAGAAGAGCUGGAGCGCCAAGCAGAACUUCUGAAGAGGAUUCUGAAUGCCUUUGUGAGUGACUUUGAUGACACUCCUAAAGACCCAGAGAAAUUCGUCAGCAACCCUCUUGCGGCGUACCGGCUUGUGCGGAAGCUGAGUCGAGUCUGGCCGAACACACUGGACCUCAUCGAAGGAAGACACGCUAAAGAUGUGUUGGAAGACCUGAAAUCUUGCGCUCAGACUCUCCCCGGCGCAGAUGAUGUAGAAGGAGUGGUGAUGGCUUUGGUUAGACUGCAAGACAUGUACAGAUUAGAUCCAAGGAGCAUCAUGUUAUUUUCUGAAACCAACCACAACUUAAGACUAGAUCCAGAUGAAACGUUCCAAAUCGGCACGAUCUCUUCUCUCAAUCGACGCUUUCAGUAUGCCCUCCUCUGGAUGGAAGAAACCUUCAGCAAACUCAGUCAGGGCGAGGAAGCCGUUGUUACUGAAGAGGAGGUUCUUUUCCAGCUUGCUUCGUUUUCCCAUCAGAUCCAGCUGUCAUCUGGGCGAGACCCCACAGAAGGAGAUCUUCAGCCUGCACUUUACAAAAACAUAAAAGAGAGCAUUAAGACCUGGACUGCAAAAUACAUCCCUCAUUUUGUCUCGCCUGUUCACGACAUGAACACAGCAUAUGAGGCUCUAUGCACAGGCAAGAGGGUUAUGAAGGUUAAGCCAAAGAUGGUGCUGCCCCAGAGUCUGUGCAGUCAGUCACCGAGCACAUAUCCUGCAUCAGCUCUUGGUCAGGACUACCUUGGGGCGGCAGUGGCUCAGUGGUUAAUGUCCGGAAGAUGCACUGCAAUUGCAAGCUCGACCUCCGAUUACCCCCUGGCCACGCUACCAUCGAGGGUAGUGAGGGUCAAAGAACCCACGAAGGGUGUCCUGACAGUGAAAGGUGUCUUCCAUGACUCUGUGAGCUCCUUAGCACUUUCAGGUAGAUAUAAACUGGAGUGGAAAGUCAAACCAAUCAUCCAACUGAAAAGCAAAGGGCAGGCUGGAGGAGUCCACUCAAGCCUGAUAUUAGUGGCGGCCCGGACGCCUCAGAGAGAGAGAAAACUGGUGUGCAGGUACAGAACAGGAAGAGGAAACCCGCUGGUGCUCUUUAAAGAGGAAGUGGAGUGGGAUCAGCCCACGAUACUACGCUACCAUGACUUUCUUUCUGAAGGAGAAAUGGACACCAUCAAAACACUGGCCAGGCCAAAGGUACAUUAA